GAAAAGCAUAUAAUUAGCAGGUAAGUUACCGAUAAACACCAUGUGCAGCGUGUUAAUAGACCAUAGAUGGAAGAAAGUGGGAAAACAAUCAAUGCAAUUUGUGAGAUCUUUUUCCUCUUUCGUAUGAAGAAAAUUGGAUUUAACGAUAGUUUUUUCAGAUGGAAUUUGGGUUCAGGUAAGGGCAUUCUGCCACCUAAAUUACUUGAACUUGGCUGAGAUUAUUUUAGUUGUAAUAAAUUAAAGUUACUUUUGGAAAAAUAGUUGGUAAAAAAAGCUGUCAUCAAAAUUGUGAUAAUUCUCAAUAGAUGUAUUCCAUGACCUUUAAUUUCUUCGUUAGUUGGCUAUUAUAUCAUCGUAUCAUUUUCACUGGAAUAAUUCAAGAGGAACUCGGCAUCCAUCUCAAUUUUGUAGGAAAUGAAUUUACUCAAUCUAUUGAUGAACUUAUUUUAUUAUCGAUAAAUUAAUAACCCUUCUAAAAUAAUAAUUUUUCUUGGUCCCACCAUUAUUAUUUUACCGAGAUUUUGAUGUAUACAUAUUUCAUACAUAAAAGUCUGAGACUAAGGUAGAAUGGAAAAUUGUCAAUUUUAGUUAGUAAUAUUUUUAUAGUUUAGGAUGAAUGGCAAGUUCGCUAUAUUGAUCCAGACUAAUUAUUUAGGAGAAGAUUGCUUCUCUCUCAAUCUAUAUUCUACAUAUUGCACGGUAAACUUCACUUUUGAUUUACAUUCAUUUUAUAUUGCCAGUUGCAUUUUCACCUAUAUUUUUUUAAUUUUCUGGGAUUGAGAAAGUAUUGAUAUAUGCUAUCUAGUUAGUCUGUCCUAUCCUAGUCAACAACCAAGUUAUUUUAGUUUUCUUAAAUGAAAUGUGUCGUUCAGUACACUCUUUUACCCUACUUUUCCUGCUGGCCCCUUCCCCAAUUUCCCCUCAUAGAAGAAAGUUGGGGCUGUGGGGGACUUUGAUUUGUUUGAGUUACAACUGUAGCAUUUGGCAUUUCAAAUCUUUAACUGCACCGUGCGUUCCUGCCUAUCAUUGACAAUCAUAAAUUAUUGCUCAUGACAUCAAGAAUCAAGGCUUCUUCCUUUGUGGCUCUUCCACGUCUUACAUUGACUACGAAAACACUUGCUAGCACUCAUAAGGGAUAGAGAGGAUAUAAGUAUGUUACCCUACCUUGUUUACCAGAGGCAUGAAGCAUUUUGGAAUGGAAAUAGUAAUUACUCAGAUGGGUAGAAAACUAAGGAGUUAUUAUGAGAUCUUCAGAAAAAUAAAAAGAGAAGAGUAGUGGAAAGAAUGAAUUCAAAAAGUCUAUGCGAGACUGAACCUAGAUUGCCAAUAGGUGUGAGAGUUCAUUGAUAAUAAAUGAAGCAAGUUACAAACAAACUGAGAAAGGAUAUUACAGGCAGGAGUGGAGAGAAAUAGUUCCUCUAUUGAAUUGCUGCACAACUGUUGAUUUCAAUAUUAAAUGAGUUUUGCAGUAACUGUUGGUCACGUGGAUGGAGAUCUUAUCCAGGCUUUAUGCCAUUAGAUACUCGUUAAUGCUGCUGGACUGAUAUGUCGUAAUACAAUUGUGAGAGACAUCUUGGAUCAGUUGAGCAGUUGCCAAGGCACUAAUAUAGAUAAUUUGUGAGAGACAUCUUGGAUCAGUUGGGCAUUUGCCAAGGCACAAAUAUAGAUAAUAAAGAAGUGACCUUUUUUAUUCAUUUUACAGUAGAUCUUGUACUCAUUGAAAAUACAAUGAAUUUCUCUGGUUUGAUGUCAAUCAGGUGCCUAUCUUUUAAUUGAGAAUAGAAGAUCUUAUACUGAACAAUUAAAGUGAGGGUAGACAAUUGAGUCUACAAUCUUCUGCUCUAAUGGGCACUGGACAUGAGGGUACCCCUGCAAAGUCUUCCACCCCUGCUACUACUACUCAGGAAGCACCAACUACACCUGCAUAUCCUGAUUGGUCAAGCACUAUGCAGGCUUUCUAUGGUGCUGGAGCUACUCCACCUUUCUUUGCUUCAACAAUUACCUCCCCUACACCCCAUCCCUACAUGUGGGGAGGCCAGCAUCCUCUGAUGCCACCUUAUGGGACUCCAGUUCCAUAUCCAGCUAUAUAUGCUCCUGGGGGAGUCUAUGCUCAUCCCAAUAUGGCCACGACUCCAACCGCAAUACUCGGAACUGCAGAAGCAGAUGGAAAAACAACAGAGGCGAAGAACCGUGUUUCAAGCAAAAAAUCCAAGGGUACUUCAGGAAACCAUGGAAAGACUGGAGAUGGUGGGAAAUCUGCUUCAGGCUCUGGAAAUGAUGUUGCAACACAAAGCGCUGAUAGUGGAAGUGAAGGUUCAUCAGAUGCAAGUGAUGAGAAUGAUAACCAGGAAUAUUCUGCAACCAAGAAAGGAAGUUUUGACCUGAUGCUUGCUGAUGGAGCACAUUCACAGAACUCUGGUCCAGCUAACUUCCAGAAUUCAGUACCAGGGAAUCCUGUAGUUUCUAUGCCUGCAACUAAUCUGAAUAUUGGCAUGGACUUAUGGAAUGCAUCGUCUGGUGGUUCUGGGGCUAUGAAUUUGCGACGCAGUCAGCCUGGUGUUUCGCCAACUGUUGCUCCAUCUCAAUCUGGCAUGAUGAAUGAUCAUUGGAUUCCAGAUGAACGAGAACUGAAAAGACAAAAGAGAAAGCAAUCUAAUCGGGAGUCUGCUCGGAGAUCAAGAUUACGGAAGCAGGUUUGCCUUGCUUUCCAGUUUUCAAUUUUACUUUGAUGUUUCCUCAAUAAA